AUACAGUACAGCUAAAGCAUUAGCUAUCUUUCUUUUUUUAUUCUCUCUCACACACACACACUGUUAGUUUCUUAUUCAAGGGCUCUUUUGUCUUUCUGUUCUGUAAUUGGAUUCCUUUGGAAUUUGCUUUCCUCGCAAAAUCCAUUUUGCAAGAUCUGAUAUACCUAUUCACCUUUUCAUUUACUGUAUGCAUGGGUGUCAGAGCAUUAUAGAUGCAUCCCUUCGAUUCUACUGCUAUCAGUUGUAAGAGCAGUAGUUGUCUUGGAUGCUACAAGAAACCCACACUAAUUACUUCAGUAGAUGAGCCCUCAAAAGGAUCAAAAAUUCAAGGUCAGACAGUGAAAAAACCUAGCAUAUCAGAGGAAUUCUGGACCACCAGCACUUGUGAUAUGGACAAAAGUGCAGUUCAGUCACAGGGAAGCAUGUCAUCAAUCAGCACAAUCAACCAGACACAUGAUCUGCAUGGUGGCUCAAGUAGCACUAGUGCACCUGCUGAAUUUGUAAACCAUGGUCUUCUUCUCUGGAAUCAAACAAGGCAGCGUUGGGUAGGAGAUAAAAGGUCUAUGAACCGUGCACAGCAGUCUCAGGAACCAAAAUUAAACACUCAUUGUCUCUGCAUGGUUAAAAACUUCUGGCUUUGCUGCAGUUGGAAUGCGACAUAUGACAGUUUACUUGGAAGCAACAAACCGUUCCCUCAGCCAAUUCCUCUUUCUGAAAUGGUAGAUUUUCUAGUGGACAUUUGGGAGCAGGAGGGGAUGUAUGAUUAAGCAGUAGGAAGUACAAGACAAUUGAAGGUUAGAAUGAAAAUCCCUGUCAAUUGAUGUCAUAUUAAGAAGCUGAUGAACAAACCGUGGUGUGUGUAUUAACUGUAACAUUAUUUGUCAUAUGCCCACCCGGCUUUUGUUUCUCUACAGGCCAUUUUUAGACAUGACUCUGUAUUGCAUUCAAACCAAUCAAAAACAUUGGCUGCCAAUGCUUUUCCUGGGCAGCAGUUUUUCGCUUA